AUGGCGUUGAAGAGAAUCAACAAGGAACUCACAGACUUGGGCCGUGACCCGCCGUCGUCAUGUAGCGCAGGCCCGAUCGGAGACGACCUGUUCCACUGGCAAGCGACCAUCAUGGGCCCCGGCGACUCUCCCUACUCCGGCGGCGUAUUCUUCCUCGCGAUCCACUUCCCCACCGACUACCCCUUCAAGCCACCAAAGGUCAACUUCACCACCCGAAUCUACCACCCCAACAUCAACAGCAACGGCAGCAUUUGUCUGGACAUCCUGAGGGACCAAUGGAGCCCGGCGUUGACCAUUAGCAAAGUUCUCCUUUCCAUCUGCUCUAUGCUCACAGACCCGAACCCCGACGAUCCGCUGGUGCCUGAGAUUGCGCACGUCUACAAGACGGACCGCUCCCGGUACGAGGCCACCGCGAGGGAGUGGACUAGGAAAUACGCCAUCUAG